AUGGUUACUCCAAGGAGGACUCGUAGGACAUUUAAUAAUGAUGAUCCAUCACCGGAUCCUGUUGUAGCAAUUUUGGCUGCACUACUGAAGACUUGGGUUGCAACCAGACAGAUGAGAUUCUCUAUGUGUAUUAUUACGGCUAUUGGGAAUGUUAGUGAGAAAUCAUUCAUAUGGAAGGAUGUGAAGUUUAACUAUGAUGAUAGGGAGUAUUUUGCUGACUUUAUUGUCUUGCAUUUUGCCUCUGUGAAUGUGAUUUUGGGAAUGUAUUGGUUGUCUAAGUACUGUGUAAGAAUUGAUUGUUGCAGCAAGACCAAUUCUAUUUCCUCUAACGAUGAAGGGAGAGAGUCUCUGGAUAUAUCUGUCCUUCGGGUUGCAAAUGCCUUGAAGGAAGGAGAUUCAGAGUUUAUUCUGUUGGGAGGUGCGGUUGGUGUCAAUAAGGAGCCAAUUUCUGAUAUCCAUAUUGUUUUUGAUUUUAUGGAUGUCCUUCUAGAUGAAAUUUCAAAUUUUCCGCCAGAGAAGGAAAUUGAAUUUUCAAUUGAAUAG